UGAGACACAGUUCCAGUUGUAGUUAACGUUAUGACAAGACGAUAUAACUGGCUAACGCUAAUUCAGCUAUGCCAGGUAACGUUAGCAACGUUGUGAAAUUAACCUCGAGUAAGAGUAUUUUAGUAACCACGUUGAGUUUUACAUGUAUAGCUAGAUUUGAUGCUCAUGGUCCACAUGGGCUUCAACGAAUGGGAUUCAUCUUCGUCUGUUUUAUAGACUAGGACAGAGAUGGCUGGAAUUCUGUUUGAGGAUAUCUUUGAUGUAAAGGACAUUGAUCCCGAUGGCAAGAAGUUUGACAGAGUAUCUCGUCUACAUUGUGAAAGUGAAUCUUUUAAAAUGGACCUCAUCUUGGAUGUGAACAUUCAGAUCUAUCCUGUUGAUCUUGGUGACAAGUUCAGACUGGUUAUUGCCAGCACGUUAUAUGAAGACGGAACACCAGAUGACGGAGAGUACAAUCCUCAGGAUGAUCGGCCAUCUAGAGCGGACCAGUUUGAUUAUGUGAUGUAUGGGAAAGUUUACAAGAUUGAAGGCGAUGAGACUUCAACAGAAGCAGCCACACGCCUCUCUGCCUAUGUGUCUUACGGUGGCCUCCUCAUGAGGCUGCAGGGAGACGCCAACAACCUUCAUGGCUUUGAGGUGGACUCCAGGGUCUACCUCUUAAUGAAGAAACUGGCCUUCUAAGACCCAACCCUGCUCGCCCACUUGUCGUGGUUCUUCCACUGCCACAUUCAACCUUAAAGUUAUACUGAACUGCAUACUGAAAACAAGUCUGGAGCACAUGAGCAGUUCACAGACAAUACAUGGAGGCUGAAGAAAAUACAUUUAGUUUUUUUAUUCUUGUAGUUACAAUAUGUUUCCUCUAAGGGGAUGGACUACAGACUAAAGAUUGACUCUCAAGAACUGUUGCAACCUCCAUCAACUGGCAAACUGUAAAUAAAGAUUUCUUUUAUACAAAAUGA